UUUGGGGUAGUUGAUCACUGCCUUCCCUAUGGUGAAAUGAGAUAUAGGUUCACUGCCACCGGUAUGGUGUGAUUUUGUUCCUAUUUCUUGAUUUCUUUGUAUUUUCAGUUGUUCUUGCUGUUUUUGUCUUUGUUCAUGUUUUUCGGUUCUCAUUAGUUGUGUCUGUGGUAUUGAAUGGAGAUGGAUAUGAAGUGAUAUUUUGUUUUCCUUGGAUUUCCAUAUUCAAUUUGAAUUCAAAAAGGUGAGCCUCUCUCAUGCAAGUAGAACUAAUUGUGAUGCAUUUGUGUGCUUUAUUUAAUUAUCUGCAAAGUGGGCCCAUUAGAUUUCGUUCCUGUUUCUUGAUUUCUUGGAAUUUUCAGUUGUUCUUACUUUUUAUGUCUUUGUUCAUGUUCUGCGGUUCUCAUUUUAUAUUUGAUUUCAAAUUCUAUGAAGCACUCUCAUAAUUAUAUUGAUAGUAGAUUCAUUGAAUGCAACAUUAAAAUUUCAUCAAUCUAUUUUUGUUUUUUUUAUUUUAUGUAUAUUCAACAAAUCCAUGAAGUUUACAUCAGCUGAAUUGGUGGUUGCAUGUGGGUUCUGUGAAUGAUGAUGAGGGAAUGGGUUUCUUACGUAAUAUUUUCUAUUGGUAGUCGUGUCAUUCACAUGAGUUGAUGUAUAGCUGGUUGGUAGUUCCUUUAUACAAUUUGCUUUGAUUUUAGGUCAAUUUCAUUCCAUUCUUUUCUUGUUUUUAUAAAAGAACAUUUUUGACUAACAAGGAAUUCCCUACUCCAAGUAGUUAUACGUUGAUUAGGUUAUCUUCCCUUGAAGGUCUGUUAUGCACAGAAAAUUAUGUUCUGCCAUACAUUGUUCACUGAAAAUGUGUCUAUCUGUAUCAAGGUAUGGGGUUUCUAUCUUUUUGGUCAGUGGUGAUGUGAUUGAUAAGAAGGAAGAGGCUUUCUCCCAAUCAGAUGCGAUUUCUCCAUUGUUUGUGUUACUACGGAUUUUUUUUCUAGCUAGUGUAUUUGAUGAGUGGUGAUGUGAUUGAUACCAAUUGAUUCAUAGCUUCUUAGUUAUUUAUUUGGAUUCUGAAAAAACCUUUUGUUUGUCAUGUCAUUUGCAUUUGAAUCCUUUAUUGGUUAUGCGAAUAGUGCUGUAUAUUUUCCCUGUUUUAUAGAAUUAGAGCUGAUUGUUUUGAAUUAUUGUUCUACUUUGAUGAAGGAAAAUGUUUAUGCCACCCUCAUUAAAUUUUUCCAUUCGGAAUUCCAUUCUUUCCUGUUCAGGUGUUGAGAGAAAUUGAUGUAUAAGUUUGUGGUCAUUUAUUUAUUUAUUCAGUUCAGUUGAAUUGGAAUACAUUAUUUGGUGUUUGUGAAAAAACAAAUUUAGAUAUGAGCUGGUUUUCGUAUGAAAAUCUUUACUUUACACACAAUAAAGUUGUUGUAUAUAUUUUUAAUUGAACGUAUGAGGUUUCAAUCUCACUCAUUUCCCCAUUGUUGAUGUGAUUGAUGGAUUUUUGUUGAUGGUUGUUUAUACUUUCUUUUUCCCUUGAUUUGGUGUUUCCAAUGUAUCUCUACCUAUGACAUUUACCAACUCUCAUUGCCAUGAGUAGAAUCAUUCCUUGGGGUAGUUGAUGAUUGUUUUGGCUAUGGUGUAAUGAUGUUUAUGUGCACUGUGGUAGGUAUGGUGUCAUUUCUCAUCUUUUGCUCCCUAUUUCUUUAUUUCUUGAAACUUUCACUUGUUUUUCCUUUUUUUCUGUUGUUUCAGGUUUUGCUCCUAUGAUUAGUUGUCUAUAUGCCAUUGAAUGGUGAUUCAUGUGGACUCAGAUUUCGUUUUCCCUCCAUUUCCAUCCUCAACUUGAAUUCAAAAAAGUUUUGUUUGUUUGGAAUAGAUGUUAUUGGUCUUUUAACUUCGGUGGGAGAAGAGAAAGAAUAUGCAAAAGAGGGCAAAAUUGUGAAAAUGAUUGUGCUGGAAUUAACUUCCAAAGAUCUUACCUUGCGAUGUGCAUUGUUUGGGGAUUAUGUUAGUCAAGUAAACCAUUUCCUUGCGUCUGGCUAUGUGGAGCAGCCUGUUGUAGUCAUUCAACUUGCAAAAGUCAAGUUCUUUAGGGGUCAAGUAGGCCUUCAAAAUGUUAUGUACGCGACUCAAAUGUUAUUUAAUCCUGAUCUUCCUGAGGUUGUUGAGUUCAGGCAGAGUAUGGUUGAGCAAGGGGUGAAUGGUACUCAGCCCCUCUUUAUUGCAAAUGAGGGUAAAGUUGUGUCCUUGGAAGAUGAUUUCAUGCGUUUGACUAGGAAAUGCACCAUUGAAGAACUUCAAGAUAAGAAUCAGGAGGGUUCUUUUAUCAUUUUUGGUACAAUCCAAGGUAUUGUUGAGGAUGGAGGUUGGUGGUAUUCUGCUUGUGUGUGUGGAAAGGGUAUCUAUCCUCAGAAUGGUGUAUAUUACUGUGAUUUCUGUUUGAAGCACAUAACCAAUGUCACUCCAAGAUUUAAAGUUAAAAUAACAGUUGAAGAUCAUACUGGAGAGGGUAUUUUUCUUCUCUUUGAUCGUGAGACAUCUUAUUUGCUUAAGAAAUCAUGUGCUGACUUGUUUAGUGAGGUUCAAAGAGAUGCAAGUCUUGUAUGUGGGGAUACUUAUCCUCCCAUUUUCCAAGGGCUCAUUGGAAAGAAGUUACUCCUUAAGGUUGAUACCAAAGGUGUCCCACAUGAUACCUUUUAUGGCACUUUCCGUGUUAGGAGAAUAUGUGAUGAUGCCACCAUUAUUACCAUGUUUGAACUUCCCAAUUAUGAUGCUGAUGAUGAAUCUACUCCAAAAAAGGAGCCUAAUUUACACAAAUCUGCCCUGUUUGGAAAAGGCGAUAUUGGUGUUAAGGAGGAGUCCUCAAAGAGUUGUAUCAAAAGUGAAAAAGUUGAUGGUGAGUGUUGUGGGAUUUUAUGUAAAUCUCCGGUUCUUAUAGAUUUUCUUGCUGAAAAACAGUCUGCUGUUUAUGGAGGGUCUGAGUUUUCUGUGUUAGUUAAUGGUGAAGAUGGGAAAGAUGAGAAAACACCCACCAAUGAUACUGUUAGUGAUGAUCUUUCUUCUGAGCUGGAUAUAUUACUUAGCUCACCAGAAAAGCAAACUCAGGAUGUGAUGUCCCAUGUCCUCCAUGCACCUUGCCAAUAUGGAGGAAAGGUUACUCAUGACAAUGAUGUUGUCAUUUCCAAGGGCAAGAGGAAUUUGAAUCCCCAAUUUGAAGAAGCGGCUACUGUUGCAGAUGAUCGUGGGUCCAAGGUUGCCAAGGUUAAUGGGGUGUGAUUGAAGUUGUUGUAUUGAGCUGCUGUGUGUAGGUGUAGGAUUUCUAGAUAGUAUAUUUACAAGUGAUUAGGAAGGCUUGUGAUUCCAAAUAUUUUGUAAUGUAACCGUGCUGUUUGGAUGGUGUUUUGGUUUGACUUUUUUGGAUUGUGUCCAACAAAUAGGAUUGUCAGAUAUAGGGGUUUUCCUUUUGUGUUGGAUCUGGUUAUGUGUCAAGUAUCUGUAUUCUGAACCCCUCUUUUUGUAAUAGUGACUUUGCUAGGGAUUGGACAUAUUUUCACUGUUGUAGCCUGUUUAGGUUACAUACUAUAAUAGGUUGUCAGAUGUUGGGAUCCUCCUUAUCAUAGGAGAGAUAGGCAUAUGUAAUUGUUCAAAUCAUUAUCAAUAUUUUCAUGAAAUGCAACAGUUUUUAAUUUUUAUUU